UUUUUUUUUUCCUCUUUAAAAAUCCUCAAGUUUUUUUUCUCUUUUCUUUUCUUUUUCUUCUUUUUUUCUUUCUUUUUUUUCUUUAUCUAUUUUCUCUCCAUCUCUCUUUACUUUUAUAUAACAUCAUGGUUAAAGUUACUGUUUGUGGUGCCGCUGGCGGUAUUGGUCAACCUCUUUCAUUAUUGUUGAAACAAUCUGACCUUAUCACCCAUUUAUCUCUUUACGAUAUCGUCAAUACUCCUGGUGUUGCUGCUGACUUGAGUCAUAUUAAUACCAAGUCUAAGGUGACUGGUCAUGUUGGUGCUGCUCAAUUGGAAGAAGCUAUCAAAGAUUCUGCUGUUGUUGUUAUUCCUGCUGGUGUUCCCAGAAAGCCUGGUAUGACUCGUGAUGACCUUUUCAAGAUUAAUGCUGGUAUUGUUCGCGAUCUUGCUGUUGCUGCUGCCAAGUUCGCUCCAAAGGCCUUCAUGUGUAUCAUCUCAAACCCUGUGAAUUCUACUGUCCCUAUCGUUACUGAAGUCUUCAAACAAUUCAAUGUUUAUGAUCCCAAGAGAAUCUUUGGCGUUACUACUCUUGAUAUUGUUCGUGCUUCCACCUUUGUAUCUGAACUUAUUGGUGCUGAAGCUAGCUCUCUUCGUGUUCCUGUUGUUGGUGGUCACAGUGGUGUUACUAUCUUGCCACUUUUGAGUCAAGUUGCUGGUACUGACAAGUUAACUCAGGAACAAUUGGAAAAGGUAACCAAUCGUAUUCAAUUUGGUGGUGAUGAAGUUGUCAAGGCCAAGGAUGGUGCUGGUAGUGCUACUCUUUCUAUGGCAUUCGCUGGUGCUCGUUUUGCUUUGAAUGUACUUGAAGCCUCUGUCAAGGGAACCUCCAAUAUUGUUGAAUGUACCUAUGUUCAUUUGGAUGCCGAUCAAGCUGGUGCUAAGGAAACCAAGUCUGUUGUGGGUGAUAUUGAUUAUUUCUCUGUCCCUGUGGAAUUGGGUCCCAAUGGUGUACAAAAGAUCCUCCCUAUUGGUCAACUCUCUGCCUAUGAAAAGAAACUCUUUGAUGCUGCUAUCCCUGAAUUGAAAGGUAACAUCACUAAAGGUUCUGCUUUCAUCACUGAAGGUGCCAAGUUGUAAAUAUUAUAGUUAGUCCUUUCUAGUUAGUUUCUUCUUUCCUCUUUUUUUUUUUUAUUUAUAUUUGAUUGCCCCAUUUUACCUUAUCUUCAAAGAAGAAGAAGAAGAAAAAAAAAUGAAUAGAUCCAUUUAUAGUUAUUAUUUAUUCUUUUUUGUUUGAAUGUAUACAAUAAAAAAAAAAAACAAUUAUAUACUGUACUUGUUUUUUCCUUGAUAAUAAAACUUUAUUUUUUUCUUCUCUGCGCUGUGAUCAGAG